AUGGAGAGUCAAAUUUGUAAAUAGAGAAAAAGAGAAGCGAAGAUUAACGUUAAAAAGAGCAUUAAAGAAGGAUUUAAAUAGAUAGAGAAAUAAGAGAAUUAACAGCAAGAUUUAUUUCAGAUAGAAAUGAAUUCAAGAAAAGAGAAUAAAUAAUUGAGAACAGAAUUAGAUAGUCUUAAAUUUUCUAAAAGUAGUGUUGAAGACAUAAUGAGAUUAGCUGAUGUAAUAUAAGAGGAAAAUUAAAGAUUGAAAUAAGAAUUAGAUAAUCUUAGGUAAUUGAUAUUAAAAAAUAUUAUAUUAGAAAGGAUUUGAUGAAUUAAAGUAUGUUUUUAAACAGCAUCCGAUUUAGAAAUUGAAAAAACUCAUUUGAAAUAAUAGAUGGAGAUAUUAUAAGUUUAAUUCUAAAAUUAAUAGUAAAAAUAAAUUUAACCAAUUCAAAGAGUUGAUAAAUUAGAAAAUUCUAAUAAUCUAGAAUCAGAAAAUAAGAGAUUGAAGGAUGAAAAUGAUAGAUUAAAAAUUCUGUUAAAUAUAAGUCAAGCUUCGAGACCGUAACCAUUUAUGUGA